AGUUAUAAUUUCGAAUAUGGAUCUAAUUCAUGACUUCUUCCACGAUGCACUAUUCUUUUACCGGUCGAAUCCAUCUGUUAAAGGAGAUCAACCGAAAAACAGGUUCAAAGUGACAGUUCACAGUGACAAGUUGAGUAUAGUCCCUGAGGGUUCGAACACUCCAAUAGACGUUGUCGUCUUUGAAGACAUCGUAGCGGUGAACCAUGGGGACCUGACGAUGCAAAUCACGUUGUUGGAAGCUAAACCUAAGGGCUGUUUUUCUAAGGCAGGGAGACGGCGAAGAGAUGUAUAUUUAAAGAGGCAGCAGUCUUCGAAUACACUUGACUUGACUGCUACGGCGCUACUUCAUUAUGCCCUUGGGGACUUGGAUGAAAUGGUGAAUAGUGCGGAGUGCCCGACUCGAACCAGGGUCCUACUGCUCAUCAAUCCGGCUAGUGGCAAGGGCAAGGCUGAGAAUCUGUAUUAUAAGUAUGCUGCACCACUGUUCAAGUUGGCUGGUGAUCGAUUCGCGGUUGAAACUGUGAAGACUGUGAGUACUCAACAUGUUCGGCAUCUGGGAAUGGACAAUGCUGAUAAAUAUGAUGCCUUUAUUACGUGUGGUGGCGAUGGGGUCAUGCAUGAAUUACUGCAAGGCAUAUAUCACCUGCCUGACGGGCAAUACCUCAUUAAACACUUGAGGUUCGGCAUGCUCCCUGGCGGCAGUGGUAAUGGUUUGAGCACUAGCGCUGUGUACUCCUCGGAAAAAGACUUUUUUGGGGAUAUUGCUGGCUUUGUUGGUGACUUCAAUGCUGCUAUGCGUCUCAUAUUAAGGGGGAAGACGACAUCAGUAGAUGCGGCUAUGAUCAGUGUUGAUGAUGAUAGUGCUGAGAACAAGACCAUUAUUGGUUUCCUCAAUGCCACUUGGGGAUUUUUCUCUGAUCAGCAGAGUCCCAAAUCGAACAUUGGUGACCUGAAGGCCGGCACCAAGGUGUGGGUCUUCUACCAAAUGCAGAAGAGCCCUAGAGACCCUGCUUGGUUCGCCGUCGACACCCACGUACAAGGCUAUAACAGACCACAGAUUGGCUGGACCGAUCGAUGGCAGCCAGCAGUUGUCAUCAACGACUUCAAGGAGGCUGAGUUCAACCCUGCUCGUCACGAGACUUACGUCAAGGUACGAUACGAGCAUCGUAUAUGGUUUGAUCGGGAACAGGAUGUGUUGAAUACAACUGAUACUAGGAAUAUUGAGCAAGCCUACUAUCCCUCUGACGUCCGCCUUACUGAGCCUUCGACACCGAGCCUCUCUGUUUUUGUGGUGCGGUGGGGUAAUCCUAAUUUUGGUAACGUGAACGAAUACGACUGGCAGAGCUGGGGAGAGGCCGGUUCUAAUGUUUCUGAUACUUAUAUAUGCCAUAUGAUGCAGAAGGGCAUAAGGAAGGUUGCGAAGAACGACUACGAGGUGCUUAGUGCGUUCGUUACCAGUGCUGAAGAUCUGAGGAAAAUCAGUCCCCUCGCGAUACGACAAAUGCUGACUGGGCGCCAUAAGGCUGCGAUGUACUUCCUGUGGCCCACGGCAUUCGAGGAUAAUAUCACUGAUGCUGGUGGAUACAUCGAUAAGGACGCCUUCUUCGAGUUGAUGGUUGGUGUAGAGGCCAUGGGAGUUCCCACCAUGUUCCCCCAUCCUAGCCACUUGUUGGAUACGAUCGUGUCCAAGGCAUUCUAUGCUCAUCUAUGUACGAUACCUGACCUUCAUAUGCCCCCUACGACCCGUGUUUCUCGUGGCCAUGUUGUUGCCUCUCCAGAUAGUGCAGCUAGACUCACUUGGGAGCGGCUAUCAGCCUUGUGUGAUAUGACCAGUGGUGGGGUGCAGAAGAAGAAGCCCCUUCCUCGAGGCGCUAUUGCUAAGCUGGGGUAUUCCUGGGAGGCUGCUGAUGUUAGAACUUGUGAUAAUAUCGGAGAGCUCUCUUAUCAAAUGCUGGAUCUGUUCGAGCAGAAGGGCUGUAAGGUUGACUCUGUGUUUGUGCAGCAGAGGGUGCCUGUGGAUCUGGAACUGCGGAUGUUCGUUGUAAAUGGCAAAGUUGAGCGGAUCCUUUAUACGAGAUUCAGAGCUGUGAACUCAGCCGGUCUCUUUAUCGAUUUCGAGCACGAGACGAAAACUGCUGAGGCCGCGAAGAAAUGGUUCCGUGGUGAUGUGCCAAGGCUACAAGAAGUGGAGCGAAUUUGUUACCACAUUAUUGACCAAUUCUACAAGUGGAUGGACACUGAAAGUGUCUACGGCAGUCCAGCCAACCGCUUCGACUUUCUGGUUGGUUAUGAUAGGGAUGAUGGUACAGCAGGCCCUAGCGUGUAUCUAGGGGAAGUCGGCGAACUGGGUUUCAGUAUGGUUGACUUCCCUGAAGGUCCCCGUAAGGUUUUCAAGGAGAUCGGCAUACGUUGCCUGAAGACGACCCAAGAAUGUAACGAUGAAUCUUGCUGCUGUAGACCGUUCUCUAAUUGGAGCCCCAAGAGGAAGCGCAAUGAGGAGUAGAAGGAAGAUGAGGAGGAGGAGGAGGAGGAGCACUGGUGCAUUAUGCCCAUAUUGAGCUCAUAACGUUACUGUUACUUAGUAUUUGUAGUCAACUCUCCUAACGUGAGA